CUCUACGCCUCUCUCCCUGCCUUGGCAGCUGCCAUCCAGGCCCCCAACAUCAACGGUUUCAAUAUUGUAUGGCAAGAUGCCUUCUCCGGCUGCCAGGGCUGCUCAGUCGACCUCGACACGUGGAACGUCGCCCUCGAUGUCUCUGUCAACAACGAGCUGCAGGAAUACACAGAGUCCAACUCCAACAUCCAACUCUCCGGCGGCGAUUCUCUCCAGCUCGUCCCCUGCAAGUCUGACAAUGGCCAGUGGACCUCGGGCCGCAUCGAGUCCAAGAAGACAUGGAUGGCCCAGCCCGGCCGCAUCAUGCGCGUUGAGGCCCAACUGCGCACUGGCGAUGCCCUGAGCAAGCAGGGCAUGUGGCCCGCCUUCUGGAUGCUCGGCGAUGCUAUCCGCCACGGCACCGAGUGGCCCACAUGCGGCGAGCUCGACAUCUUUGAGCGUGUCAAUGGCGACCUGACCGGUUACGGCACUGUCCAUUGCGGCCAACUCGGUGGCGGCGUCUGUGACGAACCCAAUGGCCUCGGCAAGGCGGUCGCCAUCCCAGACAACAACCUCCACUUCUGGGCUAUCGUCAUUGAUCGUACAUCGGGCAACUGGCAGACAGAGACUAUCACCUGGUUGUUCGACGGCGCCCCCUUCCACAGCCUCGUCGGCAGCGACUUGGGUGACGAGGGCACGUGGGGAACUCUCGCCCACUCUCCCAUGUAUAUUCUCCUCAACGUUGCUGUGGGUGGUAACUGGCCUGGUUACCCCGAUGAGGCCACCGAAUCUGGAUACGCCAACAUGAUGGAAGUCAUGUAUGUUGCCGUUUAUGAGUCA